AUGCCUGGGUUGGAUCCUGUCCACAACGGGAAUACUUUUGAUUCUGCACGCAGAUUAGCAGGUAAGGUGGCCUUAAUAACCGGAGGCGCUAGUGGAAUUGGCGAGAGCACUGCAAAGUUGUUUGCUUACCAUGGUGCUAUGGUCAUCAUUGCCAACUUCCAAGACGAGCUUGGUCACGACAUAGUUAAUAGCACCAACAUCGAUGUCAUUUCCUAUGUUCACUGUGACAUCACUAGGGGGUUGGAUGUCCAAAAUGCUAUCAAUAUUGUGGUCUCAAAGUAUGGCAAACUCGACAUAAUGUUCAACAAUGCAGGGUGUUCGGAUCCAGCAGAGGCAAAAAUUACAGCCUUUGAACAAGAGGCCUUCAACAAAGUUAUUAGCUUGAACGUCCUAGGAUCAUUCCUGGGGGCGAAACACGCAAACAAAGUAAUGACUCCGACAAAAAAGGGAAACAUUCUAUUCAACGCAAGCUAUGCAUCAGUGUCACAUGGAGCAACAUCGCACAUCUACUCGGCAUCGAAGCAUGCGUUGGUAGGACUAACCAAGAAUUUGUGUGUGGAGUUGGGGCAAUAUGCAGGGUUCCGCCCUUGGCAAUAUGGAAUUAGAGUAAAUUGCAUAUCACCAUUUGGCGUGGCCACACCGAUGACAACGAUGAGGGAGGGAAUAGGUAACAAGGAAGUAGAAGAUUUAAUAUCCUCAACGGCAAAUUUGAAAAGGACGGUUUUAAGAGUAGGCGAUGUGGCCAAGGCAACAUUGUUUUUGGGUGGUGAUGAGUCUAGCUACGUGAGUGGACUCAACCUGGUCGUGGUCGGCGGUUAUAGUACGACCAAUAUAGCCAUUGCAGAGAGCAAACGAAAGAUGUUUACUUGA